AUGACCGAAGACAAAGAAAUCGAGACUGAAAAAAGGUCAAAUGAUACAGAGAAUGCACGAGCUUCGACAGAAUCAACGCCACCAAGUGUCGGCAGUUCGACGCCAUCAGAGCGCGCAGGGAAUUUUGCACCAAUUCAUAACGCGGACUCCAAAGGUCCUGAAAGAGGCCUCAGCGAUGACCAACGCAGCGACGAUGCUUUGUCCCAAACAUUAUCCCGGCGGCGCACUCAGGCAUCUGGCUAUGCCGGCGAAGAAUGGGCGCAGAUUGAGAAACUGAUUUCGCGGAUGUUCGGUCAUGAGCGGAAAGCCAACUCUGAGGAAGAGAAGACCCGACAUGCUGGGGUCGUGUGGAAAGGCUUGACUGUGAAGGGUGUUGGCAUAGGCGCAGCGCUCCAGCCGACGAAUGGAGAUAUCUUUCUUGGGAUCCCCAGGCUGCUCAAACGGCUAUUCACGCGUGGACGAAAGGGCGCCGGGGCUGGAAAACCGGAUAUCAGAACCAUUUUGGAUGACUUCACGGGUUGUGUUCGGCCGGGUGAAAUGCUUCUCGUGCUUGGUCGCCCGGGAUCAGGGUGUUCAACUUUUCUCAAGGUACUUGGGAACCAGCGAAGUGGUUACGAGAGUAUCGAGGGCGACGUGCAUUAUGGCGGAACCGAUUCGGAAACAAUGACAAAGGAUUAUCGAUCUGAAGUGUCUUAUAACCCCGAGGAUGACCUUCAUUAUGCCACACUCACGGUUCGCGAGACUCUACUAUUCGCGCUCAAGACGAGAACCCCGGAUCAGCAAUCGAGAAUCCCGGGAGAGAGUAGGAAGGACUAUCAGGAGACGUUCCUUUCUGCGAUUGCCAAACUGUUCUGGAUUGAGCAUGCGCUGGGCACAAAGGUUGGCAAUGAAUUGAUACGAGGAAUCUCUGGAGGAGAGAAAAAGAGGGUUUCCAUCGGUGAAGCAAUGGUAACUAAAGCCAGCACCCAGUGCUGGGAUAAUUCGACGAAAGGCCUCGAUGCAAGUACUGCACUCGAGUAUGUGCAGAGCUUAAGAAGUUUGACGAACACAGCUCACGUUUCAACCCUUGUUGCCCUCUACCAAGCUUCUGAAAACUUAUUCAAUCUGUUUGACAAAGUCAUCCUCAUUGAAGACGGAAAGUGUGCCUUUUUCGGUCGCACCGAAGACGCCAAGGCACACUUCGAGAAACUGGGCUUUGAGUGCCCCCCGCGCUGGACAACCCCUGAUUUCCUGACUACCGUUAGUGAUGUCAACGCGAGACGAGUCAAGAAAGGGUGGGAAGACCGCAUCCCUCGCACUGCGGAGGAAUUUCGAUCUGCAUACCGAGAGAGUGAUCUGUAUAAACGUGCGCUUGCCGACAUUGAGGAUUUCGAGAAAGAAAUCGAAGAAAACAAGCAUGAACGGCAGGCUGCUAGAGAAAGGACCCCCAAGAAAAACUACACAAUUCCGUUUUGGAAGCAGGUGAUGGUUCUUACUCACCGUCAGUUCCUGGUUAUGUUUGGAGACCGUGCUGCUCUUGCGGGAAAAUGGGGCGUCAUCGUCUUCCAAGCCCUCAUCGUGGGCAGCUUGUUCUUUAAUUUACCUAAUACCAGCUCUGGGGUCUUCACUCGAGGAGGAGUCAUGUUCUACAUUCUUCUGUUCAAUGCGCUACUGGCCAUGGCAGAGCUUACUGCGGCAUUCGAGAGUCGGCCAAUUCUAAUGAAGCACAAGAGCUUCUCGUUUUAUCGGCCUUCUGCCUAUGCCUUGGCCCAAGUUGUGGUAGAUAUGCCGCUGGUCUUCGUGCAAGUUCAUGGCGAACCUAUCAAGGACGCCGUCGCAGUUUUUCAUCUGCCUGCUUUUUAUUUUCACGCUGACGAUGACCAUGUACUCAUUUUUCCGCGCUCUGGGCGCUUUAUGUUCCUCCUGGACGUUGCCACCCGUCUUACCGGUGUCGCUAUUCAAGCCUUAAUCGUAUACACAGGCUAUCUGAUUCCACCUUGGAAAAUGCAUCCGUGGCUCAAAUGGCUCAUCUGGAUCAACCCCGUUCAGUACGCAUUCGAGGGCCUGAUGGCAAACGAGUUCUACAAUCUGGAGAUUAAGUGUGUGCCUCCGUAUGUUGUCCCUGACGGGCCGAAUACAUCGGCCUCCCAUCAGAGCUGCGCUAUCCAAGGGAGUACCCCAAACCAGCUUACUGUUCAAGGGUCUGAUUACAUCAAGGCCGCAUACACCUACUCAAGAUCUCAUCUAUGGCGCAACUUCGGGAUUAUAAUCGCUUGGCUCAUUUUUUUUGUCUGCCUCACUAUGCUAGGAAUGGAGAUACAGAAACCCAACAAAGGCGGUAGCUCUGUGACUGUGUUCAAGAGAGGCGAGGUGCCUAAGGCUGUUGAAGAUGCUAUUGAGCAUAGUGAACCACCAGCAGAUGAGGAGACUAUUGAAAAGGAGCACCCAGCCGACACCCUUGGAAAAGAGGAUUCCGAUCAGACUGUUCAGGACAUUGCAAAGAAUACGUCGAUAUUCACGUGGCAAGAUGUCAACUAUACGAUUCCUUAUAAAGGUGGACAGCGAAAUCUACUUCAAAACGUCGAUGGAUAUGUCAAGCCUGGCCGUCUGACCGCUCUCAUGGGUGCGUCUGGUGCAGGGAAAACCACCCUCCUCAAUGUUUUGGCACAGCGAGUUAAUUUCGGCGUUGUGAGCGGCAACUUUCUGGUUGAUGGAAAGCCUCUUCCAAAAAGUUUCCAGAGAGCGACCGGAUUCGCUGAGCAGAUGGACAUCCAUGAGCCUACUGCUACUGUUCGCGAAUCGCUCCAAUUUUCAGCACGUCUGAGACAACCAAAAGAGGUCCCAUUGAAAGAGAAAUAUGACUACUGCGAGAAGAUCAUUGACCUCUUGGAAAUGCGGUCAAUCGCCGGGGCCACGGUAGGCUCUAGUGGGUCCGGCCUGAACCAAGAGCAACGAAAGCGACUCACUAUUGCAGUGGAGCUGGCCAGUAAACCCGAGCUGUUGCUAUUCCUGGAUGAACCGACCUCGGGACUUGACUCGUUGGCUGCAUUCAACAUUGUUCGGUUCCUGCGUAAGCUAGCGGACGCAGGUCAGGCUAUCCUGUGCACAAUCCAUCAACCCUCGGCAGUCCUAUUCGAACAGUUCGAUGAGCUCCUCCUCCUUCAGAGCGGUGGUCGAGUGGUUUACAAUGGAUCACUCGGAUCAGACUCAAAGACUUUGAUCGAGUAUUUCGAACGCAACGGAGGGAAGAAAUGCUCGCCUCAAGCAAACCCUGCGGAAUACAUGCUCGAAGUGAUUGGAGCUGGAAAUCCAGAGUACAAAGGUCAAGACUGGGGAGACGUCUGGGCCAACUCCCCAGAAUCGAGAGAAUUUUCCAAGACCAUCGAAGAGAUAAUCCACUCCCGCAAGUCUGUGCGAAAUGAAGAGACCAGGGAUGACCGAGAAUACGCGAUGCCAUUAACGGUCCAGAUAGUGGCUGUCACCAAAAGAGCAUUUGUGGCAUACUGGAGACUUCCAGAUUAUAUCCUGGGAAAAAUUAUGCUUCACAUCUUCACAGGACUUUUCAACACCUUCACCUUUUGGCAUUUGGGCAACAGUUAUAUCGACAUGCAAUCUCGACUGUUUUCGAUCUUCAUGACACUGACCAUUUCUCCUCCGCUGAUUCAACAACUGCAGCCUAAAUACUUACACUUCCGAGGGUUAUACGAGUCCCGCGAAUCCAAUUCGAAGAUAUACUCCUGGACUGCGUUCGUGGUUAGCACUAUCCUACCUGAGCUUCCGUACUCUAUCGUCGCAGGGUCCAUCUACUUUAACUGCUGGUACUGGGGUGUCUGGUUCCCUCGCGACUCGUUCAGCUCCGGAUACACAUGGAUGCUCCUUAUGGUCUUCGAAUGCUACUACAUCGGUUUCGGGCAGUUCAUCGCGGCAUUUGCACCUAACGAGCUCUUUGCAUCGCUACUGGUUCCUUCUUUCUUCACCUUCGUGGUCUCAUUCUGUGGUGUGGUUGUUCCCUAUGUCGCUCUCCCACACUUCUGGAAGGCAUGGAUGUACUGGCUUACCCCAUUCCAUUAUCUUCUGGAAGGGCUCCUGGGGGUCGUUACACACAAUGUCCCCGUACAAUGUGUCGACCGAGAAGAAGCGCAUUUCAGCCCUCCAUCUGGCCAAACCUGUCAGGAGUACGCAGGGGCCUUCGCCCGAAAAUCGGGCGGGUACGUCCGUGACGCUGCAAAUGGGCUCUGUGCGUACUGCCAGUAUGCUACAGGCGACGAAUUCGCGAAGAGCUUCAACGUUUCGUAUAAUCAUAAAUGGCGUGAUUAUGGGAUCUUCUGGGCCUUUGUGGCCUUUAACUUUCUGGCGGUCUUUGUGUUUUCCUGGUUAUACCUCCAUGGAGUUCGGGAUCUGAAACGAUGGUUCAGCGCUCGCAAGACGCAGCAGAGUAGUGGUGGCAGCCCAGGCGAUCAGGAGAAGCCCGGGCAGGAUUCUUAG